UCCAAGAACCGAACACCAAGUCACGGGGAUAGAGUGAGAGGGUAAACAAGACAGUUUCCUUUACCAGUUUCAUUGAGUUUCCCCGACUUGCUGAUUCACCCUGAUGACUGACCAGCUUCAUUCUAUCUCAGCCCACUAGCAGCUCCCCUCCCGCGCCGCUGAGGAGGGCUGGGACAAGCAGGACGAAAAGAAACAGACACUGCCACCAUGAACGAGGACACACUGGAGCGCUUGUGUCGCCUUGCUCCGGCACUCAAGCAGUCAGCACACCUCCUGCUCCACCACAAUCACAACCUGUCCCUUGACACGCACACGCUGAUGGAGAUGCAGCAAGCGUUCAGUCUGAUUCUCGACAUGGAGCAACAUACAAAUUUUCAUGUCUUGCCGCCAAAUCACCGCCAGCAUCCCGCCAUUCCACACCUGCAGAUGCUCUAUGACCUCCUGCAGAAGGUGGCGGGGCUCAGGCUAUGGUGCCGCCAAGACCACCAGCAGCAGCAGCAGCAGCAGCAGCAGGGCGUGGUCAGCCUGAGGUGUUUCCGCAGCCUUCGCACACUGGAGUUGACCAGCGUCCCCGUGGCCAGACUGAGGACACUGCAGGCCCUGAGGUCACAGCUGAGGCGCCUGGUGGUGACCCGCGGCCUCUCCUGCCUGGCUGACCUCUUUGUGUGCUGCGGGGCUGACCAGGCAGGGGAGUUCGUGUGGGAGCAACUGGUGGAGGCAACGCUGGCCCACAAUGCACUGCAGGGCGGCACGCUGGAUGACUCCCUGCGCCUCCUGCCAAAUCUGAAGGUACUUGACGUCAGCCACUGUGGCCUUCAUGACGUGACCUCCUUGACACACCUGCCGGCCCUCUCCUACCUGGACGUGAGCCACAACAACCUUACACACCUCCCACACCUGCCCCCCGCCACCUCCCCCUCCCUGGUGGUGCUGCUGGCCUCACACAAUGCUAUACACACACUGCAGGGCCUACAAGUGAUGACAGGGCUGGAGGAGGUCAACGUGGGUCACAACUUCAUCGCGACCCGGUCUGGGCUGGUGACCCUGGCUGCCCUGCCCCGUCUGAGGUCGCUGUGUGUGGAAGGAAACCCUGUGUGCUGUGACCCGGCCCAUCGCAGCGCUGUCUUGUGUCUGCUGCACCCUGCCACUUUGCCUGACCAGCUCCUCUUAGACAACCACUCGCUCACCCAAGCAGAACAAGAGCUAAUUGGCAGCAUUUCUUCACCUCCCGAUCACCUCCACUCCCCCAUCUCCCCUUCUCCCCUCUCCCCACUCCUCUCCCUGCACACAGAGUCUUCACAGCCACACCAAGAGAGAGAGACACAGCCUUACCCGUCGCUGCCUCAUGACACACUGACGCAGGCUGGAGCAGGGCCUAGGCGAAGGUCAAGGAAGAAGAGGACCACCAGACACAUAGCCCUGGGGGGGAGGGGGAGGAGGAGGAGGAGGAGGCAGGGGAGAGUGGCCCCCCUCCCUCACUCAGCCCUCCCCCUACCUGUACAUCCCCCACCCCCCUACCUCUCUGCUGCAAGGAGGGGGUCAUUUCUCCCUAGCAGACGACACCCCAGCCCCCCUCCCCCUAGUCUGGCAGUAGGGGGCCCCCUCACCGCCCCUAAUGGAACGCUAUCAGAAGCCCUGGCAGUGUUGACACCCCCACCCCCUAUCAGGUCCGUUCAAGAUCACAAUGAUAAAUUAUUAGAAGAGAUUUUGCAAGCUAAGCCUACUCUGUCCAGUCCCCCCUCCCCCCUGCUGCUGCUGAUGAUGAUGAUGAUGGUGGUGGCCAGAAGGAGGAAGAGGAAGAGGAGGAGGUGGAGGUAGUGGAGGAGGAGGAGGAGGAAGAGGAAGAGUUUUAUAAGAAGAUAGAAGAUUUUAGUGCGGAGUGUAGUGAAGAGGAAGAAGAAGAAGAAGGAGCCUUACUCAUCCUAGCCCAGCGCCUUAAGGAAGAAGAAGAGGAGGAGGAGGAGGAGGAGGGGAAGAGAGGAGGAGGAGGAGGAGGAGGAGGAGAGAGAGAAUGAUGUAAUUAUCUCUCUCUGUUCCAAGCAAUUUAAAGAGAAACAUUUUGUGUCCACUAGGAUCUUGUUCAGGUGGGAUGUGAGUUGUAUAGAGAGCAUUCAAGAACAACAACAACAACAACAACAACAACAACAACAUCAACAAAUCGCUAUCGUUAAGAUGACCUUUGACACCACCAGGGCAUCACACAGGUCAAGGGUCUACGCUAUGGAGAGAGAGGAUUUUCUGAACCUGCAGGCGGCCCUCACACCCCUGCAGGCGCUGUCCACGGCCUGCAGGCAUCUCCUACCUAGGCAAGGUAGUCAGGAGAGAUGUCUAGAUUGCACGAAAGGGGGGAGGCAGCCCCACCUCACCUCCACCCCCUCCCCCCACUCCAGUCUUCCCAAACAGGGCAGUAUGAAGAUUCAAGUGAAGGGGUGAGUGUGUGCACAAUCAGCAGCAGCAGCAGCACCAGCACCCCCGCCAGUGACACGGAGGGGGCGGGGGGAGGAGGAGGCGCCCCCACCCUCCCCUACACCUCUCCCUCUCUCCCCAGCACCAGGAGAGGCAGUGAUGUGGAGGUUAUUAGUAAUCCAUCUGUGUCCAGCAUUGAGGUGAUUGAAAAGGAUAACAAUGGUGGUGGUGGUGGUGGUGGUUGGCCUUCCCACCCCCGCAGACGCCCCCCAGCUCCCCCCAGCCCCCCCGCCCCCCUCCAGGACCCCCACCCCAUGCAGGAGAGCAGUUCAUCAGGGUCUCUGACUGGGAGUGUGUGUACAGCCUAUGAGAGAGGGGGGCAGGGGGGCCUCACUCCCUCCCCACCACCCCCUACAAGGCCCCCCUUCCCCUGGUGCCCCCUACCCCCACGGACCUCACUGAUGUCACAGAUUGCAGUACACUCUAUCUGUCAGCUGAAAGUACCCUCAGGGAGCCCACCUCCCCCUCACCCCCACUGUGGUGAGUUGUUGUUGUUGUUGUUGUUGUUGUUGUUGUUGUUGUUGUUGUUGUUGUUCUUCUUCUUCCUUGUAUACUCUCUCUCUCUGUCUCUCUCUCUCUCUCUCACCUCCCAUUCAUCCUCCCAGAUACACUGAAGAAGGAAAAAGAAGAAGAAGAAGAAGAAGAAGAAGAGGAGGAAGAAGGAGGAGGAGGAGGAGGAAGACUGGUCAGUAUUGGUCCCUGGAUUGAGUCUCUCCUUCACACGCACACAGGGUAUCACUGGAAUUGGUGGGAGGACUUAGAAGCAGAAAACAAGAUGGAGGACAAAGAGGACAAGGCAGAGAAGAAGAAGAGGAGGAGGAGGAGGAAGAAGAAGGAAGAGGAGGAGGAAGACAAGAAUAAAAACAACACAAACAAGAAUCGAAAAAAAGAAGAAGAAGAAGAAGAUGUGAACAUUAAAACCAUUAGUAGUAUUAAUAGUAGUAGUAGUAGUAGUAGUAGUACAAUUAGAAAGCCUAACAACCCAAUUGCUUUCAACUACGAGGACUUUUCGCAAGUGGACCAUCGUUUGAAGCUGUACUUGGAGGUGUCUCUACUGCUGGAGCCUGAGGAACAGCUGUUAGGACUCGUUAAGGCGGUGAUGGUGAUGUCAAGGGGCAAGAGGGAGUUCCAAGGCCUCCUGGUGGUGUCGUCUGUCACCUUCUACCUGUUGGAGAUCAUAGGACCCCUGGAUGACACCCCCCAAGGCUGGCUGGACGAGGUGGGGCGUGGGGAGCUAGCGGGGGUGGUGGAGGUACACAGCCUCUUACAGCGUCAAGGGGUGGCCCUCUCGCUCUCUCUCUCCCCCACCACCGCCACCACCACCACCACCACCACCACCACCACUACCACAAUAUUGCUGCUGGUUUGUCUUGCGGAUUCUCAUCGUUCAAACUGCUUCUUCAACUUCCUAAUGGAGGCGCUGGGGGGCGGGGGAUAACGCCCUCCCUGGCAGAGGCGGCCCCCACACAGGAGGCAGCGCUGGGGGCCCUGCUGGGGGGCGAGGAAGGGGAGGCGGGCCCCCCUUCCCUGUUUGCCAUUGUCUCUCUGUUAACGGAGGGCGGGUCCAGCGAGAGUCAGUACCUGCUGAUUAACGAGACAGACAUUAUUCUUUACCUGGCUGACCUCACCUGGUACCUCCCCACUACUACUACUACUGCUACUACUGCUGCUACUACUACUGCUACUACUGCUGCUGCUGCUACAGGUGGUGGUGGUGGUGGUCUGGUCACAACAGCCGCUCAAAAGAUUUAUAAUGUGACUUCCGUGGAGGUGCACACGCCCCACCACUUGUCAGUACACUUCCAGGAUGACGUCACACAGCAGGAGAGCGACUGGCACCUCCAUGUGGCAUCCCCGCAGGCCGGCUGGCACCUUAUUGAGGCUCUAAGGGCACCCUGGUCUGACCUCUUCUCUGUCCAGCUCCAGGUCACCUAUCACACACACCAAGAAUGACCUGACCUGACCUAACUAUACUUGACCUAGCCUUAUCUAACCUGACUUUGACCUCUUAAUCUAAUCUAAUAUAACCUACACUACAUAUGAGCUGAACUGACCUGACCUGACCUGAUCUGACCUGACCUGACCUGACCUAAAUAAACUUGACCUCUUAAUCUGAUCUAAUAUAACCUACACUAUAUAGAGAAUGAGCUGUCCUGACCUGACCUGAUCUGAUCUGACCUGACCUGACAAAACUUGACCUAGGCUAACAAGACUUGACCUAGCCUUACCUAACCCAACCUAGACCUAUUAAUUUAAUCUAAUAUAACCUACACCACAAAGAAUUAGCUGACCUGAUCUGACCUGACCUGACCUGAGCUAACAAAACUUGACCCUGACUUACCUAACCUAACCUAGACCUUUUAAUCUGACCUAACCUAAACACACACACACACACACACACACACACACACACACACACACACACACACACACACACAGAC